AUGAACAAGCUUAUUCAUUAUCCAGACAUCCUCCUCAAAAUCUUGGAGCAUGUCGACCUGAACACGUUCCUAUCUCUUUAUGGAACAUGUGUAGCACUCCACAAUCUCAUCAUCACUUAUCAAGCUACAUUAACUGUUACUGUGGCCCAGAACACUUUUCCGGAGGAAAUCCUGCGUAUACUCGAAAGGAUUCAUGACGAACAGCAUAAAGAUGGCUAUAUCCAUAACGGCGAUGACGAUGGUGCAGGUCCCAUGCGCAGAUAUAGUAUCUGCUGGCUGCGUGAUCUGGUCCCCAGAUUCCUGGCUGUCGUGGCCGUGGAUCGCUACCGGCACAUGAACGAUGGAGCAUGCGGAUCGAACUACUGGCGACAGGGCAUCGCGGCUGCCGAUCCGCUAGGAGAUCCCCUGAGGGCAAGGGUCGCGAAUGGGUUUCGAAUUAUUGCCCGGCUAGGUUGCAUUGCGCGAGAAGUGGAUAUUCAACAGAAGAAAAGUGAUAUUUCGACCGAGUCGCAGUUGAUCCUGCCGAAGCGAACGAGAGCAGAACGCUUGAGAAGCAUAAUCCGUUCACGAGGGAAAUGGGACGCUGCCCAGGAGAUCACAGCAAGACGAGAAAAGGCGAUUGAGAAGAAACAACUCACUUAUAUCGACACCUCGGUAACACCAAAACAGGCGGCGGAUUACCAGCUGGUGGGUUUAUAUCUCGACGGCGUAUUCUACCCUCUCACCCUUGAGAGCUGGCCCCAGGGCGAAUUCAGUCGGAAAAAGAGGACCGGUCCGGGAGGGGUUUGUGCUUCUGGCUGGCUAACAUGGCUCAUGUUGCGAGAGGGGAUAUCGUUACUGUGGCAGCAAUGGUGGGUGAAGAGGACGGACCCCGAUGCCCCCUCUCUGAAGGAGAGAAUCGAGAGAAUAUUUUUGCAGCGGAACAAGGAACAGGUGGAAUGCGAACGGCAGACUGGGUUGUCGGUUUCUCAGUCGCUAUACAGGCUAUCCACCGACGACAGUGAGUGCUGGCGACAGUGGCUCUUUCAGCUCUGCGAUGUUACUUAUCCUGCGCAACGGCCGGAGCGGCGGUUUUCGCUUGCAGCGGAGACCGAGGAAGAGGAGGAGGGUUUGGAGUUGGAGAGUAUCAGAGUGAAUGAAAUCAUGGAUCAUGUUGCUUUUCAUGUUGACAAGAAGCCCCAUAUGGCUACUGGUCAGAGAUACUAUAUUGAUUAUACACGGCUUUGCUCGGCCGCUCAACGUCUGGUGCUCCGUUGA